AUGCCUCUGUCUAAAUUACAGGGGGUCAAGCUCCCUGCGUCUGCCGAUUUCCAUGUCCACCUUCGCGAUGGCGACAUGAUGGAGCUGGUGACUCCCACCAUCAGACAGGGUGGUGUGAACACUGUGUUUGUCAUGCCGAAUCUUGUGCCCCCGGUGACUACUGUUGACCGCGCACUCGAUUACAAGAAGCGUUUACAAGCCAUCGAGCCCAACGUAAAUUUCCUCAUGUCUCUUUACCUUCACGAGACUAUUACACCUGAAACCAUCAUUGAAGCCAAGAAACGAGGCAUCACGGGCGUCAAAAGUUACCCCGCGGGUGUAACAACUAAUUCUUCCGCUGGUGUUGUUGACUAUGCUGCAUUUUAUCCCGUUUUCGCGGAAAUGGAGCGUCAGGAUAUGAUCCUCAACCUCCACGGAGAGGUUCCCUCCCAAGGAGACGUGACCGUCCUGUCAGCGGAAGAGCGCUUCCUUCCGACACUCAAGCAGCUGCAUGAGAAAUUCCCAAAGCUCCGGAUCAUCCUUGAGCACUGCACCACGGCAGCGGCGGUAGAAGCUGUCAAGGAGUGCGGGCCAACCGUCGCAGGAACAAUAACCGCCCACCACCUUUCCAUCAUCAUUGAUUCCUGGGCAGGCGACCCCUUCUGCUUCUGCAAGCCAGUCGCGAAGACCCCUGCUGACCGUGAUGCCCUCCUAGGGGCGGCGGCUUCGGGAAAUCCCAAGUUCUUUUUCGGAUCUGAUAGCGCACCUCACCCCGCAGCGUCCAAGCGAGGUGGAGAAAAGAUCGCUGCAGGCGUUUUCACACAGCCUUAUACGACUCAGCUCGUGGUUGAUGCCUUUGAGCAGGCUUGUCAAAAUGGUGUUCUGAAAGAGGAGGACAUUACUCCUGAAAUCAUCGAAGGUUUUAUGAGCAAAUUCGGGCGCGCUUUUUACGGGUUGGAAAGCGAGCAGAAGGAAUUCAUAACCCUCGAAAAGAAAGACGAAAAGGUCGUAAACAUCCUCAAGUCAGACAAGGUGGACGUGGUACCAUUCAGGCGGGAUCAGCAGACAUGGAGCCUAACUUGGUCUGCGUAG